CUACGUUUUACGCAAAAUGUCAUGGUUUUCGUACACCCUGGCUGUUCUAGUUGCGUGUAUUUCAUACAUGGCCUAUCAGAAGUAUGUCAACGUUCACACAAGUAUUAUAAAGAAGCCAGACAAACGGUAUGACUAUAUCAUCGUAGGAGCAGGAACGGCAGGGUGUGUACUAGCGGCGCGACUCAGCGAGGACCCCACUGUGAAGGUGCUGCUGCUGGAAGCCGGUGGUCACAUGGGCUACUUCACCAGGGUCCCGCUCACGUCCACGGCGGCGCAGCAGGGACCUAACGACUGGUCUGUGCACGCCAGGCCGCAGAAGUACUCGUCAUUUGGGAUGUUCGCUCAGACGCCAAUUAUCCCACGAGGCAAAGGUCUCGGUGGUUCUGGUCAGAUCAACUUCCUGCUUCACGGAUUUGGUUUAUCUGAGGACUACAGCAGAUGGGCUCAGCUUGGGUUCGAUGGAUGGACACUUAAAGACUUGAAACCUUACUUUAACAAAGCAUUUGGUACAAUGGAAAGUGAAUUCGAUUCCCCAUGCUUAGCAACGGGGCUAUGUGAUGAAAGCCAAACACCAAUGCAUCUCAAGCAAAUAGAUUCCGAUAACGAGUUGAUGCAAGUGUUCAAAAGAGCAUCCGCUCGCCUCGCAGACCGACACACGGUGUUCAGAAAGGCCACCGCCACCAUCAGAGAUGGGAGAAGACAUCAGGCAUUCGAUGCGUAUCUCAAACCAGCUUUAAACAGACCUAAUCUACAUGUUAUGUUGAAGACACAAGCCAUAUCCGCGAGGUUUGAAAAAAAAGUCGCAGAGUCGGUUUAUAUCCUGGAGGACCAUAAGUAUCUCAAUAACAUAUUUGCUGACAAGGAAAUCAUAUUAAGUGCUGGAGCCAUUAAGACUCCACAAAUACUGAUGCUCUCCGGGAUUGGACCCAAAGAUUUAUUGCGAAGGCUCAAGAUAGCCCCGAUAUCAGAGAACCCUCACGUGGGCAGGAACUUCCACGAUCACAUGAACGUACCGCUCUACGUGAGUAUCAAGAAGCCGCUCAGCAUCACGCUCUCCAAGGUGUUCACUCUCACGACUGCUUGGGAUUACUUCUGGAAUGGUCAAGGGUUGCUCUCGUUUCCUCCUGUGGCUGGUGUAGAGUACAAGAACACAUCAGCUCUGAUGCUGUUCUCCAUGGGGUCCACCAGUGAGCGGCUGCUAAGAGAACUCUCGAACUACAGGCCCCAGGUGUUUCGCGACAUUUUUCCAUUCCACAACGACUCCCACAAAGAGGGGUUUGUGUUCCUGGCGACAUGUGUACAGCCGAGGAGUAGAGGCAGCGUGACCGUCAAUGAUGUCAGCACUACAGUUCCUGUGGCUGUCAACCCUAACUACUUACACCAGGGAUGGGAUGUGCAGUGUAUCAUAAAAGCAAUUCGUCGUGCGGAGCGCCUGCUCAGCACGAAGCCGUUCCGAGAGAUCGGAGCGAGGCUGCACUGGCCCCGGCCGGAACGUUGCCUGUCUCUGUGGAGAUACUCCAGGCAGGAACAGCUGGCUGUGCAGAAGAGAAGGAAAAAGUCAUCAAGCCAGUCUGCUGAUUAUCCUGUCAGAAGUCCACCUGACGAGUACCUGGAGUGUGUGAUCCGGGAGACGGCAGUGACUGGCCACCACGCUAGUGGGACCUGUUCUGGAGGGACCGUAGUGGACAGCAGCCUGAGGGUGAAAAACGUUUCUGGCUUACGUAUAAUGGAUGCAAGUGUACUGCCAUCCCCUCUGUCACUAUAUCCCAACUCUGUUAUCAUUGCCAUGGCGGAAAAAGCAGUGGACUUAAUAAGGAAUAAUACUUAAAACAAAUAUUAUUUUUACUGUUGUUAAUUUAAGUGUGCGAAUUAAAUUUUGUUCAUAAAC